AUGCCUCCUCGGACAUCCCUACUCGACUUCGGCACACGCAACUUUGUCUGUAGAUCGUGUCGGUCGAAUUUGCAGAAGCGAUCGCCAGUGGCGCAAUGGCCUAUCCGACUCUCCUCCCAUGCCGCCGAAGCACAUGCGCCCGCCCCUUCAAACCAACCAUCCGCCGAACGAGAUGCUGAGCGCAUUAAAACCCUCGAGACCCUGGGUCUUCUAAACGACAGCCCCAAGGUCUCAGUCAACUACUUUGAGCAGGACAAACAUGGCAGGCUGCGGCGCCUAGAGGACAAGGACGAGUUUGGCGAAUCCAUGACCGACCCUGGUGGUGAGAUUGGAUUGCAGCUGAGAGCGCUGCAGCAGCAACUGGAACACGCCACCGGGCUCGUGAGGACGAUAGAAGAGCUCGGAGGAAAAGACGAAGCCGAAAAGCUUCAGAGGCAGUUCGCCUUAGGGGAGGACCAAGAGUUUAUCGAGCUCGCCACCGAGAGCGGUAAACAGUCGACGACGACAUCGCCGUUCAUACCCCAGGAAGAAUUGGGCACAGCCACCCCGUUGGUGAGGCGGUUGAACAAUAGCAUCCGAUCUUGCGUAAAGCACGGGGAUGCUGUCUUUCCUAACCUAAUCGUUCUGCUCUGGAAACAUUACUCGUCAGCUCGCAAAUUCUUGUACACGCGGUGGAAAGGAUCUUACCGGUUGCAUACCGUUCCGCGUCCGACUUGGGACCUGCUCUGGAGAGUCCUCACAGCGGACCAAGAAUUCAAUACAAACCGAAUGACACAUGCCUAUGUCCUUGCAAAGGACAUGGUCCGGGCCGGGGUUUCCCUUAGCGAUAAGCAACAACUCCUGGCCAUUGAGGCCAUGUUCAUACAGGGUCAUGGAGACGAGGCAGUCCAAAACCACAGGCGCUUUGUUGCAACGCUCGGUGCUAAGCAGGAGACGUUCAUCGACUUCUGGCAACUCGGGCUUCGCAUGCACUGUUUGACGGGCGAUAUGGUACGGGCCAAGCAGAUGGUCGACGUUAUUCUCAAGUCUCCUUACAAAAAGGACCCUCGGUUUGUCCUGCCGUUCAUUAGGCUCUGCGCCGAAACCCCUGGAGAAGUCGGGAAUGGGUUCAGCGCAUACCGACACAUGCGGGAUGCGUUGCAGGACUCGAUAACCAUCGAGGACUACGACCUAGUCAUUUCAUACUUCUUGGCUUCUGACAACACCGAUUACGCCCUGUAUGCCUUCGUCGACAUGAUGAAGGCAGGCUCUAUUGAUCUAUCUCGCGCACCGACCUACCCUGCGAGCAUCGCCAACUCUUAUUUCUUUGGCAAAUGGUUGAAGCGCCUCAUAGGGGCCGGCGACCUCAAUGGCGCUCACAGUGUGCUGCUCUUCAUGAGAACCAAGGGGAUCGUACCUCAAGCCAUUCAGGUCAAUGGACUAAUUGGUGCAUGGCUAAGGUCCCCGACUGCCGACAGUGUGCAGAAAGCAGAAAACGUAGCAUGGGCUAUGAUCAACACGCGCAUUCAGUUUGUUGAGCUGCGGCGGCGCAGGUCGGAUAUCGAAGCAAUCCAGCUUGAACAAUCUGGUGACGGAUGGCCAAGAGCAACACCAGAGACGUUCAGCCUGCUCGCCGAGUGCUAUAAAACCCGAGGCAAACCUGUCAAGAUGAACGAGCUAUGGCAAGCGUUCAGGGAGGCGGACAUUGCGCUCGACUCGUUCAUGCUGAACCAGGUACUUCAAUCCUACCUCCAGGAUGGGAAGGGGCAGCUGGUGGAAAUAACGUAUCGAACUCUGGCCAAGCAAUACGACAUCAAACCCGAUCCUUGGACGUUCACGGCGCUCUGGCAAGCUUUACCUGUCAAUCGCCUCAGCCGGAUACUCAGUACUCAGUACGUGGGAGAGGGCUUGAGAGCUCGGGCCUUGUUUCGCGAGAUGAUGGGCCAGGUCGCCAUCUUCAUGACAGAUGGGGCCACCACAAUUGACACAUUUUUGGCAAGGAACAUAUUGCAUUCGUUUCACAAAGUCAACGACAAAGCCGGGCUCCUCCUGGCAUAUCGCGCAUUGCGGAAGGUCUUCAACUUCGAACCGCCGGCCUUCGUGGUAAUGGAGUUGCUCGUUGGAUCCUCGGAUCUGGAGAAGACUGCCAAAGGCCGAGAUGCGGCUCGACUGAUACAGGCUCAAGCACGCCUUGAAGACUUCCUGAAGCAGAGGCACGACGUGCUCAUCGAAUCCGGGGAGCUCAAUGCGGACGACGAUCUGCCUCCGGAAGUGAAAGACGAAGAAACGAGCAAGUAUCUGGAACUUCAUCUUGUGGAAGCAGUCGUGGCCCUCAAGCAUCAUGAUCCCCAAAGUCAACUUACCAAUGCCGCCCAGGCAAUGGGUCUAGUCGAUGACGACGAACAUGAGGGUACAGAGGUGGCUCAGGUUUGA